ACUAUAUCGAGGUUUAUUAAUAAUAAUAGAAAACGUGGUAAUAUUGCAUAGAAAACACUAGAAUUGUAUAGCAUUUAAAUGUGGGGAAUAUAUAGCGUAGAGAACGAGCGCUAACUGUAUGUGAGAUAAUCAAUGCAAUCAAUGGCGCCAAACAUGUGAACGGUUUGAGUGUUUAUGGAAACCAAGUGUUAGUGUUUGGGAACCGCGAACUCCAGACAUGUCAACAAACGUGCCGUCCGACGGUUUGGUGACAAUGGAUGUGGUGUUGAGACGAAGACGUUUGUUGACUGAAUCGCGACAUUCGCUCAUUUGGUCCGCUGUUAACGUGUUCUUCGCCUCAAUACUGGCCAUCGAUUUGAAUUAUUUUAUGGCAGAAAUUGAGUUAAACUCACAGCAAAUGAAAGCGUUUGGCGUCAAAGACAAUGAGUUUGGUUUCAAACAAUGCAAACCAACGGUUGAACCGCCGGUCGAUCCGAUCGUCCGCUCGCCGAACCCUAUCUUCGAGAUGAGCGCCGCAUCCGAUUUGGACAAACAUUUGUCACUUAAUUCCACACAAUUAUCCGAAGGUCUGAAUUGGACUCAAUUAGACUCAUCGUUGGACACGACGUCUCACUCGUGGCAGUUCCACGCCGGUCAGUCUCCGGACAAAAGUCUUAACGCUAGCAACGGUUCCAGCAGUGGCUUUGUUCGGCUGCGGCGGUCCACUAAUAAGGCCAAUACUAACGAAUCGUUUGUGACAAAUGAACGCGAAUUGGGUCUCUAUCUGAAAGACUUUGAACAGCGAGAACUAAGACUCGAAGAGUUGACCGAAUUGGACAAACGGCGGCAAAACACAAGCGCCGCCUCCGGUUGGGCACAUACUUUGCCGCCGGCGGUGGACGACAGCAACCAAAACGCCUAUCAAUUUGCCAUCGAAUCGCCUCUUCGUCUCAAUAGCUCUGACUUUGAUUCCAUCAACAGUUCGCCCACUUCUUCGAAGGCCAUGGAUUUGUUCUUAACGAAACUGAAAAUCGACGAAAUUGUUAUGAAUCAGUGGAUUGAAAACAUACGCAAAUGGAUCAGUUUAACUAUUCUUUGCCGUGUUGUCGACCAAAUGGACAAAAUUAAUGACUCGCUCGUUAAGAGUGGACACUUGGAAGCAGUCAUCGGCGAAGCUAGUCUUCAGUCACUCAAACAAAUUGUUGCCUUAAAAAAGCCACAGUUUUCUAGUUUGGAGGCAUUCUUGCCAUUCCUUGAGCUCUCAUCUAAUCAACAAUAUUUGGUCCAAAGAAUUAGAGAGCUAUCAAAGGGCGGAUCAAUUGGCAAAUUUCAAUGGAAUUCUGGCGGCAAUUAUAACCUAAAGCCGUGGACCGACGAAUUGGUCACUGAUUCUGCGAUAAUAAUGCACUUAUUUUGCACUUAUAUGGAUAUGCGUUUGCCGUCCAAUCCCAACAGUCCCGACGGGAAAGCGUUCACUAAUUUAUAUUAUAAAUCCCUCUCAGGACCGGUACCCAAGAGUCCGAUCCAUAUAUUUGAAGCCAAAGCCAAUGCACCGCAUUAUAAACUACACACUAAGGAGGAGGUGUGGGAACUGCCCAUCGGUCGCAACAAUUUAUUUCACGCGAUUUUGGCAUUUAUUCAUUGCGUUAAAAGCGAACAAUUGGGAUAUUUAGGACGGAUCAAUUUGGGCUCUUCUGGAAUCAAUAUCUUAUGGGUUAUCGAAUAACAAGAGAUUAGACAUUAAUUUUGACUGAAAAAUAUUAUGUUUUUAACGACAAUAUGAAAAAUAAAUUUUAAAUCAAUAAAAAUAUUGACUUUCAGACACACUAUCAAAAGAGA